GAGACGGUGAAGGGAUUGUAGGGAGACAAGAUUCAGCGUUACUGAAGCAGAGGAUGUCCCGCUUGCCAGUUAUGUCAAGCAAGAGGGUCCUUACAAGCAGCAGCAGCUCAGAGAAUGGCCAAGACUUUGCGCCUGCUCAGAAGAAGAUUCGUAAGGACCCAGAACCUGUCAAAUCACAGGCUGCAGCUACAAUCAUCGGUGGCAAGCGGCCUCCUGUCGCAUCAACCAGGGCACCUCUUUCUAAGCCAGUCAGAGGUGUGAGAGCUGCCACUGUGGCUGUUGGUCCUUCCAGAGGUGUCCUGAAACCAUCCAUAGCUUCAGCUGCAGCAAAGGAAGGCAACAUGAAACAACCUGUUGUAUCUGGUAGCACAAAAGCAGGUGGGGGCGGAGCCCCUAGACGGCAAGCCUGGGACCUGAAGGGCAAGGUCAGUGACAUGGAAGGUAAAAUCCGUAACUACCAGACCAAGGUGAAAUCUGCCAACCAGGAGAAUGAGGUUCUUAGAGGCUCGAUGGUCCAAAGCCAAACCAGAAUGUCUGAAAUGGAGAAAGAGCUGGAGAGGCAGAGGAGCCAGAUCAGUACGUACGAGGAGGAAAUGGAGGCACUGUCAACAGUCCGAGAUGAGUUGGAGAAAGUGUCUAGUGAUAAGAACACUCUUCAAAAAGAACUCUCCAACUUAGAGAGCAAGUACAAGGUCAUGGAGACACUCCGAGACAGCCAGGAGACAGAGCUGCAGACUCUCAAGAUGAAGCUCUCAGUACAGGAGUCAACUCUGGCCCGCCUGCAGGUAACCCUUAGAGACACAGAGGAGGAGGUCCGCUGUCUCAAAGAGACUGUGGCCCAGCAGGAGGACGAGCUUCAUGCCGGGGAAAUGGAGCGCAGGCGGCUCCACAAUACCAUUCAGGAGCUCAAGGGCAACAUCAGGGUCUUUUGCAGAGUGCGCCCACUGGUGGGUGGAGGCCUCAGCAAGCACAUUCAGGUCCCAGCCAGUGACAACAAGAUGAUAACACUGGCCAAAACAGAGGAGUCUCACACAGGCAAAACUGCAGACACUCAGAAGAAUUAUAACUUCAGUUUCGACAGGGUGUUUGGGCCCCAGGCUUCACAACAGGAGGUCUUUGAAGAGAUCUCGCUGCUGGUGCAGUCGGCAUUGGACGGUUAUAACGUCUGCUGCUUCGCCUAUGGCCAGACAGGAAGUGGAAAGACAUACACCAUGGAGGGAGGCGAGUUUGAUGAGGCCAGGGGUGUGAUUCCCAGAGCCGUGCAGCAAAUCUUCAAAGCAGCAGAGAAACUGGGAGCACAAGGCUGGGAGUUCACCUUCACAGCAAGUUUUGUUGAAAUCUACAAUGAGACCCUGCGAGACCUCCUCUACACCGGCAAGGCCAGCAAGAGGCCCGAGCAUGAGAUCCGAAAGUCAGCCAGCAACGAGGUGACGAUCACCAACCUCACCUAUGAAAACGUCUCCAACGAGGACCAGGUUCUUGGUCUGAUUGCUCUGGCCAAUCAGAAUCGCUCCACAGCGCAGACAGCCCAGAACGACCGCUCAUCUCGCUCCCAUUCAGUCUUCCAGCUGGAUAUCGAGGGAGUGAACACUGGCAGGGACGUCAAAUGCAAGUCCACUCUGUGCCUUGUGGACUUGGCUGGUAGCGAGCGAAUGGUGAAGAGUCAGUCUCAGGGUGAGCGCUUCAAAGAGAUGACCGCCAUCAACGGCUCCCUGUCCAACCUGGGCAUCGUCAUCACUGCACUGGCUAACAAGGAGAGCUAUGUUCCAUACAGAAACUCCAAGCUCACCUACCUUCUGCAGGGCUGCUUGGGAGGAAACAGCAAAACUCUGAUGUUUGUGAACAUCGCCCCAGAGACUGACAGCUUUGGGGAAACCCUCAACUCCUUGAGGUUUGCCAGCAAGGUGAAUGACUGUGUUAUUGGGACUGCAAGUGCCAACAGGAAGUAGAGUGAAACUCUUGAAAAGACAAAAAAAAAAAAUCUUUUGUUGUUAAUAUUUUACCAUUAUGGUCUGAGCAGGAAAUUUUUAGUUUCCUGAGUCUUUUACUUACAUUGUGCUGUUGGCACACACACUGCUGUGCUGUCAUUAAAAACCAAAAUCCUUUUGUAUAAUCUCAGGGCCUUGAUUAGUGAUCACUAAUAGGGGCUUUUAGAAAUGCUUACACUUGCUAUAUUACAAUGCUAUAUGAAUCAAGUGGGUGUGUACAUAUGCAUAUUUCUAUUCAGGUGUUUUUUUUUUUUUGUUUUUUUUUUUUACGGUUCUUAAGAAUUCUUGACUAAUAAGGUAAUUCUUUUAUCUACAUUAGGCUAAAUGUGUUGUGUAUAACUUAACCAGUCAUUGUGUAUACUCAUACUAUCUUUUUUUCUUUUUAUGAUACAUUUUUGGUCAUACCUGGUCAUUGCUAUUUUAUUUUUCUGUCUUUACUCUGGCCCACAGUGCUGAAAAAAUAAAGACAUUCAGUAGAUGGGCUGCUUGUA